UAAAGCGGAACGUUAAGAAACUUAAACGUUAUAUAUCACGGUUAUCUUGGCGAAAAUCUGUAAAAAGUAAAAGUUAUCUGCAACAAGAAAAAUAUUUACACACAAACAGGAGAAUCACAGAAUGGCAUCAUCUAUGGUGGCUGUUCCUUCUGGAACAGCAUCAGUCUCAGCUGGAACUGGUAUUACACAGAAUGAAGAAGUGGAGAAUGGGGAUGUGUUUAGCGAACGAAAUAUAAACACAGUUACUGGUUGUAGUGAAACCUCCAAUCCAGGAGAUGCUUUAGAGGAGAUAAACUGUGGUACCAGUGAAACUGGUGAUCAAGAAUGCGCUAUUUGCAGGAGCAAACUUUGUUCUCCACGAGUGCUCUCUUGUCUUCAUGUAUUUUGUGAAGCUUGUUUAGAUAAGCUCUUGAUGGACGAGGCAGGUGACUCAAAGGUUAGCUCUGUCCUGAUCUGCCCUCUCUGUCAACAAGAAACUUCCAUUAGCUCUAAGGGUGCCGCGUCCCUGACAUGCGACUAUGUUUUAACUAAUAUACUUGACAUGUCUGCAAUUGAAAACAUGGCUGUACUCUGUACCUCGUGUAAAGCCAAAGAAAGUGCGGUUGCACGUUGUUCGGACUGUGCCAACUUCUUAUGUCCGAAUUGCAAUACUGCGCACCAGUUUAUGCGUUGUUUUGAAAGUCACAAGGUAGUGGCCUUUGAAGAUCUAAAGCAAUCCAACGAAGCUAUACCAAUACAUAAACCUAUUUUUUGCGAGUAUCAUCCUUCUGAGAAUAUGAAGUUUUACUGUUAUACUUGCCAGGAACCUAUAUGCAACGAGUGUUUGCUUAUUGAGCAUAAAGCACCAGAGCAUCAAUAUGAACGAUUAGUGGAUGCAGAACCACGUCAGAAAGAAGAAUUAAUAAAACUGAUGAAUGAGAGCAAAGCAAGCAUUGCAGACUAUGAUCAAGUGUCUGCACAAUUAGAAAAUGCACUUAGUGAACUGCAGGCACAACAUGAUCAAGCUAAAGAUCUAAUUGUAGAGACAUUUCAAAGUUAUAAAGCUGUUUUAGAGAAAUGUCGAGAUAAUGCAUUAGUUGAGCUUGAAAAGUUACAUUCAGAUAGGGAAUUAGAAAUAAUGGAUACAUUUCAUAGUGUUGCAAAAACAGUGGAGAAAAUAGAAGAUGCUUGUCGCUUUACCUCCAGGCUUCUUGAGCAUGGUGAUGCUGUGGAGAUCCUUGCACUUCGUCGUAUUGUAGGAACACAGUUAAUGAAUUUGAUAAAAAAUACGCCAAAACCAAACAUUUCUUUCUCUAUUCUAUUCCAAACUGACUUUAACCAGUUUGAAAAAGCAUUAAAGGAAGUGUUUGGCAAAUUUCAUACUGAAAGCACACCAGUGACAAAGUCCACUCCUGAACCAAUUACAACUAUGCCAGGGGUUUCUGUAAACCAGCAAGUUGUUCAUACUUCAAUGAGUUGUCCACGUUCUAUCAGUACAAGGUCUCCCAUUUCUCUUCCCACAUCAAUGCAAUCCUCUUUUGAAGGUGAACCUUCAUUUGUUAUACCUCCAACAUCCAGUCCUCAAAAUAUUCCACCUCCACCACCUCCUGUAUCCCUUCCUCCAGGUUCCAUCCAUGGGCUUACCAGUAUUCAAGAGUACAAUCUGCAGCAGUUAGCUAGUUUAGCAGAGAAGGUUGAAAUGGUUGGAGAUACAAAUGUAGUUGGGCCUAGUUCAAAUCCUAGCCCAACACCACCUUUCAAUUUAGUAGAUUUUUUUGCUGGUGAUCUGAGUUCUACCAGUCAUGCAAUUAAUAAUUUGCAAGCUCUUGCAAAAUUAGGAAAUACACUUGGUAAUCAAGAUCUUGGCAACCCUAUUAUUAAUGGUGGUAGUAGUCUAGUACUAGGUAGAGGUCCUUCACCAGCUAUUGUAGACACACCAAACUUGAGUUUAACUGCUAAUAAUCUGUUAAAUGCUGAUGAUUUAAGAGGAGAUUCUAUUCAUAAUAUGCCUGUAGUAGUAGGAAAUACAGUUGGCAAUGUAACCGGUUCUGGAUCUGGAAAUUAUGCUCAUUCACGUUCGAAUAACACGAAAUUAACUCCUAUGUCCAUUAGAUCUAAAUUUGGACAGUUAGGUCCUAGUAAAGGUCAAUUUAGUUCACCUCAUGGAUUCUGUUUAAGUGCUGAUGAAGACAUUAUUGUUGCCGACACGAAUAAUCACAGAAUUCAGAUAUUUGAAAAGACUGGUAUUUUCAAAUUCCAAUUCGGUGUACCUGGCAAGGAGGAGGGACAACUAUGGUAUCCUAGAAAAGUCGCUGUGAUGAGAAACAGUGGAAAAUUUGUUGUUUGUGACCGAGGAAACGAACGAUCGAGAAUGCAAAUAUUUACAAAAAGCGGUCAUUUUAUAAAGAAAAUAGCAAUUCGUUACAUCGAUAUUGUAGCUGGCCUAGCUGUAACUAGUGAUGGUCACAUUUUGGCUGUUGAUAGUGUAUCACCAACAGUGUUUGUAAUCAGUGAUACCGGAGAACUGUUAAGGUGGUUUGAUUGCAGUGAAUAUAUGAGGGAACCAAGUGAUAUUGCAAUUAGUGGUAAAGAGUAUUUUGUUUGUGACUUCAAAGGACAUUGUGUUGUGGUGUUUAAUGAGGAAGGCAAGUUUUUGCGACGCAUUGGCUGUGACAAUGUAACAAAUUUCCCAAAUGGGAUUGAUAUUAGCGACGCAGGAGAUAUAUUAAUAGGAGAUUCGCAUGGUAACCGUUUUCACGUGGCUGUUUUUUCAAGAGAUGGUUCCUUAAUUUCUGAAUUCGAAUGUCCAUAUGUCAAGGUCUCUCGAUGUUGUGGUUUAAAAAUAACCUCAGAAGGGUAUAUCGUAACUCUGGCUAAAAAUAAUCAUCACGUCCUCGUGUUGAACACUCUUUACAUAUCAUGAAGCGAAGAGGUAGACCAAAUAAAUAUGUCGUAACUUUCUUCAGCGAGUGGAAUUUCCUUGGUCGCUCUACUCUCAACGAAGAACGAAUCAAUUAAACAAAACAAAACAAAAAAAAAAUAAAAAAUAAAAAAAGCAAAAAAAAGGAAAGAGAAAAAGUGUUUAACAUGUAUAUGACAUCGAGUUCUUUGAGAUUUGGGCCUAUCCAAGCAAUAGAAUUACAAACAAUUGCAGCAUGCAGCUUUAAAUGGUCUGUAUAAAGAAACAAAAAAUGGAAAAACGAGUAUAAAUGCGUCCCUGUUUUAUGAAAGUAAUGUUUGAAAGAAGAAACAAGCAAAAAAGGUAAACGUACGUCUCCGACCAAAAAAGUAUAAAUAGUAAUUUAGCGAAGUUGCAUUUGGUAAACUGCCAAGAUAAAUUAAUGCGAUGCAAAAAAGGAAGAAACGAAGUUAAAAAAAAAAGGGAAGUAAUGAGGGAAAAAUUGGAAAAAGCCGGAUUGGGAUCGCUUCGACCGAAAGUGGAAGAGGAGGAACAUGUGAAAAAGUAAGAGAAUUGGAAGGAAGUUGCAGAAUAAUAGUUUUCCGUCAUAAUCAGUCACAUCAUCUUCGACUUCGUCAGUAUUUUAGGUAUGUUUACAAAUCAAAUUAUUCUAGUCUCUAAUGAGCACUGUUUUACUUGCUGAUUUUUCAAUUUAUGCUCGAAGCAACGUGUAUUCGUAUUAUGUCUUAUCGUGCAACCAAAAUGGUAUACACGCAUACCGAUACCAAGAAAGAAAGAAAUAGGAUUCUUUCUUCCGUACGUUACUUCGAGACCUAUUUGU